CCUACCGGAUAUUAGAUUAUGGAAUACAAUGGCUGCCAAAACAAACCUUUCAUAGAGUGAAAACAGACUCUAUGAUUUAUGUUGGUUACUCUCACAUCAUAUAAUACAGUUGUAUUACCAAGUUGGUAGCGAACACAACCGGACAAAUGCCUUCUAAAAUGAGCGCUGUGGAUUUGAAGAAUCAAGGCAACAAAUUGUUUUCUGCACGGAAAUACGACGAUGCGAUCUCCUGUUACACGAAAGCAAUAAAUAAAAACCCAGGCACUGCAACAUUCUUCACCAACCGUGCUUUGUGCUACCUAAAAUUGAGACAAUGGGAGUUUGCGGUGCAGGAUUGCCAGCGUGCACUUGACCUUGAUCGGUCUUUAGUUAAGGGCCAUUUUUUCAUGGGUCAAGCAUAUGUUGAACUUGGGCAAUACGAUGAAGCUAUUGCAAGUUUGAAGAGAGCCUAUGAUUUAGCCAAGGAGCAAAAGUUGAACUUCGGAGAUGACAUCACAGGUGCUCUGCGUCAUGCUAAGAAGAGACGCUGGAAUAUGAUAGAGGAACGGCGCAUACAGCAGGAGAUCGAGCUGCAGACUUAUGUGAAUAAACUUAUCAUUGAGGACAGAGACAGGAAGAAGUCUGUGCUGAAAGAGAUGUCUGAGCACCAGGACUGUAACGAAGAGUUGGACAGCAUUGAUGAGUUUCAUGAAAACAAACUGACAUCUGUGAAUAACUUGUUUAGUCUGUUGGAUGACAAGAGGAAGAAGCGGGAUGUGCCAGACUUUCUGUGUGGGAAGAUCAGCUUUGAGAUUAUGCGGGAACCUGUCACUACCCCUAGUGGCAUCACCUAUGACAAGAAGGACAUCAUCGAACACUUGCAGAGGGUGGGUCACUUUGACCCAGUAACACGUACAGACUUGACCCAAGAUCAGCUGAUUCCAAACUUGGCCAUGAAGGAAGUUAUUGACACAUUCUUGGAGGAGAAUCCUUGGGCAGAGGAAUACUAGCCUUUGUGCAUGUGUGUGUGAUAUGUACGUGAGCACAUGCACAAGUGUGCACAAGUAUGUGUGCAUGUGUGUAUAUUUAGUGCAGACAGCUGUGAUAUCAGGAUAUGUGCAGGAUUGAGAACAGUUUUUGUUAUUGUUACAAACUGUAAACUUUCACUUUGUCUCUUGUCAUGCUCAGUAAUUAAGGUCACAGUCAUUGCUCAAGCCUCAUGCUUAAGACUCUUAGAACACCGGCCCAGAAAGAAAAAGUAUUAGGUUAUGAUGUUUGUUGUGGUAAGUAAAUCCUAAGACCUUAUUCAAAAGUAAAAUCUAAAGUUAUGAUUGCUAGGAUAGAUACGUCGAUUAACCACCCUUCUACUGAAAGAGGUGAUCUAAAGCUGCAGUUACCCUAUCCCUGGCGUGCUUCCAAUAAACGAUUUUCAUUUAUAGCAACAA